GCUUUUUAAUUGGGAAUGUGGUCCGACCCAGUAGUUGGGGUUUACGUAGACUUUUUCCACGCCUCGGCGGUGUCGAAACCACAGCCACAAAGUGACACGGGCAGCCGCCGCUGGGCGUCCGGCGGCGGCACACUGCGGCAGGCCGGCAGCAAUGGCUCGCCCUUCGAAGCUCUACCUCGUCUGCUACAACUCCCUCCAAGCGCUCGGAUGGUAGCCACCGCCCACUUGCAACCAGCGACGACCGGCCGGCGGCCGUUGCUUCCACUAGUAAUGUUUCUUUUCGUUUCCUCGGUGGAUUCAGGCGUCCUGCAGACCUGCGCGAUUCUUGAAACGGUUCACGCCACGAUCGGAUUGGUGCCCACAGCGCCGCUUCUUGCAUUUUUGCAGUGGGGUGGGAGGACUCACUUCGUUCUCGCUGUUGUUCGGCAAAUCCCCGAGGUUCAGAGCAGUCCGUCUGUGUUCAUAACGUUUAUGGCUUGGAGCAUAUCUGAGGUCAUCCGCUACUCCCACUAUGCUCUGACUACCUUAAAAGUUUGUCCAUCUUGGCUGACUUAUCUCAGGUACACUGCUUUCAUCCCGCUGUAUCCAAUUGGGGUCGGACCAGGAGAAAUGUGGACUAUGUACCAAGCCCUCCCAUUUGUGAAGAAGAGGAACCUCUACUUAGGUUUCUUCAAGAAGUUCUCCAUGAGCUACCAUUCAUUUCUAGUGGGCGUGCUGGUGUGCUAUCCGUUCCUGUGGCUGAAGCUGUACAUGCAUGUGUUCAAGCAACGCAAGUCGAAGCUGCGAAAGGGGAGCAGGAAGAAACGAGCCUGAGAAAAUUUCGACUCAGCUCAGCUUAGGUGUAACUUGUCACCGGCAUGUGAAAUGCAAACGGUCAUUGUGGAUCUUAAAGAAAGUCAUUGUGAAUUGUCAAGGGAUCUUGCAGCUGAUGCAAUGGUGAAGGCUUUGCUGAAUCAACGAGCAACUGAAUAUAAUACUAGCAGAUUACUGCGUUUUAUGUUUAUUUCAGUUGCUCUGCAUUUCGUGAUUGUUUAUAAGAUAUGUUGCGAGUCUAAAACACUAA